GCAUUCUGGAAGACUACCAAGCUUCUUCAAGGACAAUUCCACCGGUUCGAAAUAUCAAGAACACCACAUCCUCUCUGUAUACCGAACUGUUAUAUGAGCAUCCACGUCCGCGUCCUCCCUAAACGUUUCAUCCCUUUCAUAUCAACCCGCCGCAUAUCCUCCCAAUCCCCGCCCAUCAAACCCUCCCCGUCUCGCACCACCCACCCAAUCCUCCCCCUCCACCUCAAAAUGUCCACCUCCACCCUCCCCCGCGGCGACUCCCCCCUCUCCAAGCGCCCCAAACUCUCCUCUUCCACCUCCCCCCUCAUCGGCACCCACAGCGGGCACUUCCAUGCCGACGAGGCCCUCGCCGUCUUCCUCCUCCGCCUCCUCCCCGCCUACCACACUAGCCCCCUCGUCCGCACCCGCGAUGCGUCCAUCCUCACCCAAUGCGACGUCGUCGUCGACGUCGGCGGUGAAUACGACGCCGUUCGCCACCGCUACGACCACCACCAGCGCGAAUUCACCACGACGUUCCCCGGGCGCGCGACGAAGCUGUCCAGCGCGGGGCUGGUGUGGCUGCAUUUCGGGCGGGCGAUCGUCGCAGCCGUGACGGGGCUGGAGGGGGAGAAAGAGGCUGCGGACGUCGAGACGUUGUUCCAGCGCAUCUACACCGAGUUCGUCGAGGCGUUCGACGCGAACGACAACGGCAUCUCCGUCUACGACACCGCGGCACUUACCUCCGCGUCCAUCGCUCCCCGCUUCUCCGACCGCGGCUUCAGCCUCGCCUCCGCCGUCAACCGCUUCAACCACACUUGGUCGCUCCCCGAGUCCGCGCCGUUCCCUUCCAUCCCGCCGUCCACCCCGGCCUGCAUCGCACCGUCGUCCCUCGCCACCCCGGAUCCCGACGCGCCGGCGAAGGAGACGGAGAUCAGAGAUCCUCAGGCGACCGAGGACUCGCACUUCCUCCACGCAUCGACGUUCGUCGGGACGCAGUUCCUCCUCGCGCUGCACGACGCGCAUAAAGCAUGGCUUCCCGCCCGCGCGCUCGUCCGCGCUGCGUACGCGAACCGCAAAUCCGUGCAUCCGUCGGGGAAAGUGCUUGAGCUGCCACAUCGCGACGGUGGGUUACCCUGGGCGGAUCACCUCUACGAAGUGGAGGCCGAGGCGUCUGAAGCGGAAGGAAGCAAAGAGGGCGCGCAGGUGCUCUACGUGCUCUUCCCGGAGUCCGGGGCGGCGGACAGCAAGUGGCGGAUUCGGUCAGUGAGCGUGCAGAACGGGGGGUUCGUGAAUCGGAAGGAUUUGCCGGAUGGGUGGAAGGGGGUGAGAGAUGGGGAGUUGGAGAAGGUGAGUGGGGUGGAGGGGGCAGUGUUUGUGCAUGCGAGUGGGUUUAUUGGGGGUGCGAAGACGAGAGAGGGGGUUAAGGAGAUGGCGAGGUUGUCGGUGGAGGCAUAGAUUGAAGGCAUGUAGGAGAGAAGGAAUCGACCUUUUCGUGGAAGGGUUGGGAAAAGGCGUCUUAAGACCAAAAGGAAGUAGAAGAGAACUAGAUUAAAGUUCAUGAUUGCCGG